AUGGUGGUUAUUUUCGGCACCGCCGUCACUGCAAUGGCGAAGGGCGGUGCGGCUGUAGCAGCUUUGCCGCGGCUGGGACAGACGGACAGUGACAAUGGCAUCGGGGACGGCUCCCCCCUCCAAACGGCCGACUGGGACGACAGGAAAGUCCGGCACACCUUCAUCCGCAAGGUUUAUGCCAUCAUCUCCCUGCAGCUGCUGGUGACAGUGGGGAUCAUUGCCGUGUUCACCUUUGUCUCCCCCGUCCGCUCCUUUGUCCAGAGGAACGUCGCCAUCUACUACGCCUCGUACGCUGUGUUCCUGGUGACCUACCUGGUGCUGGCCUGCUGCCAGGGUCCCCGGGGGGCUGAGAGGACGCUGGCCAUGGGGCUGAUGACGGGGACGAUCGCCAGCAUGUACAAGACCAACGCCGUCCUGAUCGCCAUGCUCAUCACUGCCAUCGUGGCCAUCGUUGUCACCAUCUUCUGCUUCCAGACCAAGGUUGAUUUUACAUCGUGUCCAGGGCUCUUCUGCGUGCUGGGCAUUGUGGUCAUGGUGACCGGGAUCAUCACCGCUAUCGUCCUCUCCUUCAAAUAUGUCUCCUGGCUCCAUAUGCUGUAUGCGGCCAUCGGUGCCAUCGCCUUCACCCUGUUCCUUGCCUAUGACACCCAACUUGUGCUGGGGAACAGGAAGAACACGCUGAGCCCCGAGGAGUACAUCUAUGGCGCCCUCACCAUCUACACUGACAUCAUCUACAUCUUCACCUUCAUCCUGCAGAUCGUGGGCCGGGAUUAGCCCCGGCACCCCUCCUGUCCCCUCCUCUCCUGCCCCUCACCCCCUCCUCUGGCCUCGAUAUGAUACACUUACCAUGACUCCUAACGCUUCAGCAUCCCUACCCGUAGGCUGCUAAGGAAAGGGCUUCCCUUGAUCACCCCCCCACAAGCCUCCAAGGGUGGUAGAGGGGACCAGCUGCCAGUGUUUGGGCAGUGCCCAGCCUCGGCACCGCUCGCCGAGGCUGUGCUGGCGGUGCUGAGCUGGCAGCGGAGCGCCACGGUCCUGCCUGGGCGCGGGGAGCUGGCAGGGGCCGCUGGGAUCGUGUUGCGAUUUUUUUUGGCAGAGCCUGGUCGGUGUCAUUCACUCGGUGCCUUAAACGUGGCUCCGGCCGUGCCCCCCUCCCUGAGCUGUGGCGGUGCCCGGUGCAGGUGGGGGGCAGCUGGCACCCCCGUGAUGGGACUUGUGGCAGAGCUCAUGUCACAGAGGCCCCGCAGCCACAGACGUGGGCAAAAUUGCACUUGCUAAAUAAAACACUUUAAUUUUC